AGAGGACAAAGGCGGCGCGCCGCCUGUGUCAUCCGCCAUUUUGUGCGAAGCAAGGUGGCCUCCACGUUCCCCGAGCGUCUUCUGCGCUUCUGCCUCGACCGCCCCUUGACCGCACCAAUGUCUCGGGACCGGUUCCGGAGUCGCGGCGGCGGCGGUGGCGGCUUCCACCGGCGCGGAGGAGGCGGUGGCCGCGGUGGCCUCCACGACUUCCGCUCCCCGCCGCCCGGCAUGGGCCUCAACCAGAACCGUGGUCCGAUGGGUCCCGGCCCUGGCGGCCCUAAGCCCCCGAUCCCGCCGCCGCCUCCGCACCAGCAGCAGCAGCCGCCGCAGCCGCAGCCCCAGCCCCCGCCGCAGCAGCAACCUCCUCCACAGCAGCCUCCGCCGCCGCAUCCACAAGCGCAUCCGCAGCAGCAGCCGCCGCCGCCGCCGCAGCAGCAGGACUCGUCCAAGCCCGUCGUGCCGCAGGGACCCGGGCCGGCUCCCGGGGUCGGGACGGCGCCGCCGGCCUCGGGCACGGCUCCACCGGCCACGCCGCCAGCCACCGGCGCCCCUCCGGGGCCGGGGCCCACCCCGACGCCGCCGCCCGCCGUGACCGCCGCCCCGCCGGGGGCGCCCCCGCCGGCCCCGCCGACCAGCGGCGUCCCGACCACUCCCCCGCAGACCGGGGGCCCGCCGCCGCCACCCCCGCCGGCCGCCGGCCCUGUCCCGGGGCCAGGGCCCAAGCCGGGUCCCGGACCCGGAGGCCCGAAAGGCGGCAAGAUGCCCGGAGGCCCCAAGCCCGGCGGCGGCCCUGGCCUGAGCACGCCCGGCGUGCACCCGAAGCCUCCGCACCGGGGCGGCGGGGAGCCUCGCGGGGGCCGCCAGCAUCACCCGCCCUACCACCAGCAGCACCACCAGGGGCCUCCGCCCGGCGGGCCCGGCGGCCGCAGCGAGGAGAAAAUCUCGGACUCGGAGGGGUUCAAAGCUAACUUGUCUCUGCUGAGGAGGCCUGGAGAGAAAACUUACACUCAGCGUUGUCGAUUGUUCGUUGGGAACCUACCCGCUGAUAUCACUGAGGACGAGUUCAAAAGGUUGUUUGCUAAAUACGGAGAGCCUGGAGAAGUUUUUAUCAACAAAGGCAAAGGAUUCGGAUUUAUUAAACUUGAAUCUAGAGCUCUGGCCGAGAUUGCCAAAGCUGAACUUGAUGAUACGCCCAUGAGGGGUAGACAGCUUCGGGUUCGCUUUGCCACACAUGCUGCCGCCCUUUCUGUUCGUAAUCUGUCUCCGUAUGUUUCCAAUGAACUGUUGGAAGAAGCCUUUAGCCAGUUUGGGCCGAUUGAGAGGGCUGUUGUAAUUGUGGAUGAUCGUGGAAGAUCUACAGGGAAAGGUAUCGUGGAAUUUGCUUCAAAGCCAGCAGCAAGAAAAGCCUUCGAACGAUGCAGCGAAGGGGUGUUCCUGCUGACAACGACUCCGCGUCCAGUCAUUGUGGAGCCACUGGAACAGUUAGACGAUGAGGACGGCCUUCCCGAGAAGCUGGCUCAGAAGAAUCCCAUGUAUCAAAAGGAGAGAGAAACUCCUCCUCGCUUUGCUCAGCAUGGCACAUUUGAGUAUGAGUACUCCCAGCGAUGGAAGUCUCUGGAUGAAAUGGAGAAACAGCAGAGAGAACAAGUUGAAAAAAAUAUGAAGGAUGCAAAGGAUAAAUUGGAGAGUGAGAUGGAAGAUGCUUACCAUGAGCAUCAGGCGAAUCUUUUGCGCCAAGAUCUAAUGAGACGCCAGGAAGAAUUAAGACGUAUGGAAGAGCUUCACAAUCAAGAAAUGCAGAAGCGUAAAGAAAUGCAAUUGAGGCAAGAGGAAGAACGACGUAGAAGGGAAGAGGAGAUGAUGAUCCGUCAACGGGAGAUGGAAGAACAAAUGAGACGCCAAAGAGAGGAAAGUUACAGCCGUAUGGGUUACAUGGACCCAAGAGAAAGAGACAUGAGAAUGGGAGGUGGAGGAGCAAUGAACAUGGGAGAUCCCUAUGGUUCAGGAGGCCAGAAAUUUCCACCUCUAGGUGGUGGUGGUGGCAUAGGUUACGAAGCUAACCCUGGAGUUCCACCAGCAACCAUGAGUGGUUCCAUGAUGGGAAGCGACAUGCGUACUGAGCGCUUUGGGCAGGGAGGUGCGGGGCCUGUGGGUGGACAGGGUCCUAGAGGAAUGGGGCCUGGAACUCCAGCAGGAUAUGGUAGAGGCAGAGAAGAGUAUGAAGGCCCCAACAAAAAGCCCCGCUUUUAGGUGUGAUAUCUAGGCUUUCAUUCCAGUUUGUUUUUGUCCUUUCUUGUUUAGAUACUGAUCUUUUAAAUUCUUGCAUUUUAGUAAGAAAGCUAUCUUUUUAUGGAUGUUAGCAGCUUAUUGACCGGUUAUUUGUAAAUGGUCUGUUUGGGCAGGUAAAAUUAUGUAAUGCAGUGUUUGAAACAGGAGAAAAAAAUUUUCUUUUUAUUUCCUUUUUAAUUUUUUUUAACUGUAUAAUGUCCCUCAAGUUAUGGCAGUGUACCUGUGCCACUGAAUUUCCGAAGUGUACCAAUUUUUUUUACUGUGCUUCAAAUAAAUAGAAAAAAAAUAGUUAAUAUGAUCUUCAACUUUGCCAUUCAUGCUUCUGCACAUUAGGCUGAGAAGUCCACUUUGAAAGCAUGGACGUGUCUAGACCUCGAAUGGCAAGUGCCAUUUCUAGAUGUAUGUGGAGGCUAAGUACUGCUUUCCAAAGAUCAGUGCCCCCUUGUUUUAAAACGAAGAGAUGAAGACUGAAGUAGUUUCAUGAUUUAUUUGGCAUUAUAGGAAGCAAGCUUUGGUGCUGAGUAUUUUUUAAAUGGUUAUGUAAGCAAAGCUGAACUGUAAAUCUUUCAUUCAGGAAUAUGUAAUGAAGAUUGUGGAAUGGAUGUAAGACCCUUGGUAGAGGAGAGACCGGGUUUGGUUAUGGCUCUUUCAUGGCCCCAUGAUCUAUCUCUUUGUUGAAAGGUUUUGAAAAAUGGAAAGAUUUUUGUUGCCUUUCCCCAUUCUUGUUUUUAAAGAAACAGCAGAAUCCCAAGCCCUUCAAAUGGCUUGUAUUGAACUUUUACAUUUGAAUUAAAGAUUGUUAAACAUGAA